UGUUAGACUCCGUUGCCAAGGGAACAAAAAAUAUAAGUGAGAUGAGAAAAUGAGUUAGUUUUUUUUUUCAUUAAAUUUCUGUAAAUUAAUUAAUUAAUCUAUCGUUUAGCUGUUUAAUUAAUUAUUAUCCUUGUUUUCGGUUGUAAAUCAGUAACAUGUCAUCCAAUAGUCUAUAUUCACCAUUAUCCUCUGAUGAUGACUGCGAUAUUGGUCAAGAUUUGGAAUCAAACCGUCACCUUGAACAUGAUUCUUCUGCUGCGAAGAGAAAACAUUCCUCAAAACAUAGACACCAUAAACAUGAGAAAAAGAAACACCGGAAACAUAAACAUCGUCCACAUACUUCUGGUGUUAUGGAUCGUAGUGAUGUUUCAUCAUCUUCUACAAGUAAACAUAGGCGUCAUAAAAAGGAUCGGCACAGGAGCCGUCGUAAUGAGACUGGUGAUGAUAUAGAAGAACCUAAUGACGAUCAAUAUGACCCAAAGCCUAGGAUUCUGAGCUCAAAGCCUCUUGUACCUGAAUAUGACGAUAUCUCGGAUACAGAUGACAUUCAAUCUCAAUCUUUUGAUGACCAAAGAAAUGAUGAUGCCGAAGAAGGUGAAGUAGAAUGUGAAGCUGGUAAAGAAUCAACUAGCUCAGUUAAAGUAUCUAAUAAAAGGGAGGACUAUCCAGACUCACCUUUAUCACGUAUUAGUAGUCAAAGUCCGCCAUUGGGUGAAGAAGAAAUCAGUCAAAUUUCAUCGCCAGUUCUAACUAAAGAGCUGGAAAAAGAAACAACUCUUCCUCAAAGUCCUCGACCAUCAAAAUCUAGGAUAGAAGAAGCCUCACCUUCAGUUAAAUUGAGACCAGAAAAAUCACCUUCUUCUUUCAUAGAUAAGCCUAAAAAAUCAACAGACCAUCUUUCUCCUAUUCAUAUUGGUGAUAUGGAUGAACCAAGAAUAGAAGAUUCUGAAAUAAGGAAAAAGAAAUCAUCCAAAAGACAACUACCUCCGCCUCCACCGCCACCUCUUCUUCGAUCCAGAACACCACCUGAAUUACCUUCAGUUGAUUAUGAUAAAACUGAAAAACGUAAUAAAAAUCAUCGAGAAUCAAAAUCUCGUACACCUCCUCAUAGUGAUGUUAGAAGGAGAAGAUCUCCUAGCCCUCAUUCUAGUAAACCUUCAUGGUCACCUCCACCUCCGCCGCCACCACCUUUACCCUCUUCGUCAACAUCAUUCAGACGAACCUCUUGGAGUAAAAGUCCACCGCCACCUGGUGAUAUUGCCAGUUCUAAACGUCGCCGGGACAGAUCACCAAGUCCACCAAGACAUGUUGACAGUGGUAAUAGAGGUAAAGAUCGUGAUCGUUCAAAGGAAUUCACUGAAAGGGAAAAAUCACCACAUCGAGCUAAAUAUCCGCCAACAUCUUCAUCAUCAACUUCCUCCCGUAAACCAACAUCAUACAAUAGAUCACCAAUCAGGGAUAAAAGAUACUCCGGUAGAGAAAUAUCUCCCACUCCUAGAAGUCGAGAUAAAUCAUCUCCCAACAGAAGAGCUGAUCCUGCUUCAAGGAGUAACAAAAGUCAUUCAAAUAGGUCAUCUAGAGAUCAAGGACGGGGUAGCAAGUAUUCAUCAAAUGGAAGAGGCAGAUCACGGGAAAGAUCACCUCAUGAACGAGUUAAAGAUGUUUCGCCUUACGAAAGAACCAGAGAUCGCUCACCUUUUGAUCAUCCAAGGGACCGUUCACCUUUCGAUAGAUCAAGGGAAAGAUCCCAUGAACGAACCAGAGACAGGUCACCUUAUGAGAAAUCUAAGGACAGAUCUCGCCAUAAAUCUCCCCCUAACUCUAGUUCCAAAAGAAAUCUUUAUGAAAGGGAUCGAUCUGGUUCCCCACUUAGACCAAGAUCACCUGGAUCACCAAGAUACCGACGGACUCCAAUCUCUCCUCGUUCUAGAAGAGCUCCUCUUUCACCUCUUUUAUCUCCACGCGCUGGCCGUACUAUCAGGUCUCCAGGAAGGUCACCACAUUCAUCUAGACCUGGUCGGUCCUCUAAACCUGGAUCAAGGUCACCCUCACCUCGUUCACCUCACCGAAAUCGAGAUAACUAUGAUGAUGUUCGUUCUCGCAAUCAAGGUCUCUCCUUGGAAAAUAGAUAUGCAUCCAGCAGCCUGGGAGCUGAAUUGAUGAAACAAGCUAAAUUUAAGAAUAAGAAACCAAGUGAUUUGACUUCAAUGAAUGAGAUACCACCCAUGCCACCUAUGCCUCCUCAACAGCUUCCAAUUUCAUCUCUACAUACGCAACAACUUUCACACCAACAACCCAUGAAUUCAAACAUGCUUCAUCCUGGAACCAUAAUGUCAGAUCAACAUCAUCCACAUCAUCUUCACCAAUUACAGCAACAAUUACAAUCCCAACAAGUUCAACAACAUAAUGGUUUUGAACAUAUGAGAGCGACAACAUUACCUUCACUACCAUUACCCGUUGUGGGCUCAAAAUUAUCUCAACGAACCAAUCAAACUGGUUCGUCUCAUCACUCAGUAAACUCACGUUUAACUCAAUUACCAUUGCCAGCAGCAUCUGGUGAAUCAAUUGAUCCAGAUGAAGAUGACCAAAAUCGACCAGAUAGAAUACGUAAACGUCCUCGAAUUCUUAAUAAAACAUAUCCACCUUAUCAAGAUCAAAAUCCACGUUGUGUUGACGUUUUCGACAUAAUCUCACAAAUAGGUGAAGGUACUUACGGUCAAGUUUAUAAAGCUCAGGAUAAGAUUAACAAAUCUAUUGUAGCACUGAAGAAAGUGCGUUUAGAAAAUGAAAAGGAAGGAUUCCCAAUUACAGCGGUUCGAGAGAUAAAAAUUUUAAGACAAUUAAACCAUGAAAAUAUUGUCAAUUUAAAAGAGAUCGUUACAGAUAAACAAAAUGUUUUAGAUUUUAGAAAAGAUAAAGGUAAUUGUGCCUUCUAUCUUGUUUUUGAAUAUAUGGAUCAUGAUUUAAUGGGACUAUUGGAAAGUGGUUUAGUUAAUUUUAAUGAAGCCAAUAUUGCUCAUACAAUGAGACAGCUGAUUGAUGGUCUUCACUAUUGUCAUAAAAAUAAUUUUCUUCAUAGAGAUAUCAAAUGUUCAAAUAUUUUGAUGAAUAACAGAGGUCAAAUUAAAUUAGCUGAUUUUGGUUUGGCUCGACUUUUUAGUGCUGAAGAUAAAUUAAGGCCUUAUACAAAUAAAGUGAUAACUCUUUGGUAUCGACCUCCUGAACUGUUGUUAGGUGAAGAAAGAUAUGGACCAGCCAUUGAUGUUUGGAGUUGUGGCUGUAUUUUAGGUGAACUUUUUACUAAAAGACCAAUUUUUCAAGCUAGUAAUGAACAAGUUCAACUAGAAAGCAUAUCUAGAUUGUGUGGUACACCAACUACUCAAUCAUGGCCUUCUGUUAUUUACCUUCCAUUGUGGAAUACUUAUAAGCCUAAGAAACAGUACAAACGUAGAUUAAGAGAAGAAUUCAAUUUUGUACCAAAAGGAGCUUUAGAAUUGUUAGAUGCUAUGCUUUGCCUUGAUCCAGCUAAAAGGAUAACCGCUGAAGAAGCUUUAAAAUCCGAAUGGUUACACGCCAGUUCGAUGUCUCCACCAUCUUUACCACAACAUCAAGAUUGCCAUGAAAUGUGGUCCAAACAAAGACGUCGAAAGCAACACCAACAGAUGCAACAACAGGCAUCCCAAUCAUCAUCAAUUCCUCACCAGCAAUCAUCUCAAUCUUCUCAAUCGCAUGCACCAUCAACCGCCCAAUCUUCAUCCUCUCAACAAGCCUCAUCAUCUUCAGCAGCAGCAACAACAACAACAACAACAACAUCAGCAGCAGUAUCAACAACAACGACAAGCCAACAACCAUUACAGCCUCAGGCCCAGUCAACAAACUGAGGAUGUAACCAAUAACACAAAAGAGAUUUAUUCAUAUUUUGUUGAUAUAAAAUUUAGACAAAUAUUACAUUUAAAAGUCCAAAGUUUUGUCUAUCACUGGAAUUAACUUCAUCUAAAAGUUAAUCAACAACAUCGAAGACAAUACAAAACAUACAAAAGGUGUUCAUCAAAUAUUCAAAUUCUGACACAACUUCAACGUAUAAAAAGAAACAUGAAAAUGUUUUUUAUUUGGCUGGUUAUUCAACGGCAAACGCUGUAAACAAACACACAAAAAGAUUACACUCAUUUACAGAGUAUUUAAAUGAUGAUUAUUGAUGAUGAUCAUGAGUUAACACAGUGAAAAUAUUUUUUGAUUAACAACAAUUCUCUUAAUUAGAUAAUUGAAAAGACUCAAAUCCAAGUAAGCUUCCAAUUUCGGCGCCUUCGGUUUCACAUUUGCGUUAAUUUUUUUGUUACCAAUCAAAACAAAAAGAUUAUUAAGAAAAAAACAAUCAAAUCCCAAUCAACAUUUGAUUUGCUUUAAAGUCAACAGAAGUCCAGCUCCGGUUCCAUUGGAAUCACUGUGAAAUUUGAUCAACAAUUCAUUGUCUUUAAACUCAUAGGUUCCUAAAGAGAAAGAGUUGAAAGAAAAAGCAAAAAAAAUUAGAUUUUAUAUUAAUCAUGAUGAUGAUUUAAUUGAUUAUUUUGUUUCCAUAAAUAAUAUAAAAAGAAAAACUUUCUUAACAAAAUGCAACCUUUUUCCUCCUUUAGCUUCACCGUUAAUGCCAACAACAAUCAACCAACAAUUAACCGUUUUGUUUAUGUUUUCCCAUCAUCAUCAUCAUCAUCAUCAACUAAUGAUCUUUAUUAUAUAUUUGUUUGUAUAUAAAAAAAUACUAAUCAAAUUCAAUUGAUGAUGAUGUUUACGGAGCUUAACAACCAAUUUGGUUAAUUGAAUAACCUCUUUAAAUUUGAUUGCAACUGAUUAGCGAUCUUCAAUUCUCAUUAUGGUCCAACGUGUUUGCUAUCAAAACAUUUCACUCAUCACAACUUUGGACUAUUUUCUUUCUUUUCUUUAUUCUCUCUCUCUCUCUCUAUUUUCUUCGAAUUGUUGACACUUUCUUCAUCCUCGGAUUAACUUGCUCCUUAAUUAGUUGAUUACACACACAAACAAUUAACUUAAUUCACUGAAACAAAACACCCUCAAAUCGAUCUAUCGAAAUAAAUUACCAUCAACUGUAA